UGGGGGUUCUCCUCCUCCCACUACUACCUACCCCCCGCCCGGCUCCACAGCCUCGCCCUCCCCACACUGGGUGGCGCGGCCUCUCCGCCCGGCCGGCGGCGCGCAGGCUGGCCAGCCCCGGAUAGGCGCCGCUUGUAGCCAAUCAGAGGGCUGGGGACGCUGCGCGCUUUAAGGUCGCUGCGGGGAGAACAGAAACCAAGUUCCCCGGCAACCAGCAGCAUCCACCCGGCAAGAGGCUGGAGCCAACGAGGCCCAAAAGGCUGAGGAGUGAGUCGGCCGAUCUGUGUCUAGCGCGUACUCCACUCUACCUCUUGAUCUUCUUCCACCGCUGUCCACCCCUAAGUUUCGACUUGCUCUUUCGCCUACGCAAAGCCUAGGGAGGGGGAUAGGAGCAGCCGCGCCCCCCUCCCUGAGGCCGCCGCCCCCAGCAUUUCGGCUCGGUUCCCUGCAGCGUGCGCCCGGGCAGUGCGCCCCGGCAGGCCCCAGCCAUGUCGAUGCUGCCUUCGUUCGGCUUUACGCAGGAGCAAGUGGCUUGCGUCUGCGAGGUUCUGCAGCAAGGCGGGAACCUGGAGCGCCUGGGCAGGUUCCUGUGGUCACUGCCCGCCUGCGACCACCUGCACAAGAACGAAAGCGUGCUCAAGGCCAAGGCCGUGGUCGCCUUCCAUCGCGGCAACUUCCGUGAGCUCUACAAGAUCCUGGAAAGCCACCAGUUCUCGCCACACAACCACCCUAAGUUGCAGCAACUGUGGCUGAAGGCUCACUACGUGGAGGCCGAGAAGCUGCGCGGCCGGCCCCUGGGCGCGGUUGGCAAAUAUCGGGUGCGCCGAAAAUUCCCGCUGCCGCGCACAAUCUGGGACGGCGAGGAGACCAGCUACUGUUUCAAGGAGAAGUCGCGGGGCGUGCUGCGCGAAUGGUACGCGCACAAUCCCUAUCCAUCGCCUCGAGAAAAGCGGGAGCUGGCAGAGGCCACCGGCCUCACUACCACCCAGGUCAGCAACUGGUUUAAGAACCGGAGGCAAAGAGACCGGGCCGCGGAGGCCAAGGAAAGGGAGAACACCGAAAACAAUAACUCCUCCUCCAACAAGCAGAAUCAACUCUCUCCUCUGGAAGGGGGCAAGCCGCUCAUGUCCAGCUCAGAAGAAGAAUUUUCACCUCCCCAAAGUCCAGACCAGAACUCGGUCCUUCUGCUGCAGGGCAGUAUGGGCCACGCCAGGAGCUCAAACUAUUCUCUCCCAGGCUUAACGGCCUCGCAGCCCAACCACGGCCUGCAAGCCCACCAGCAUCAGCUCCAGGACUCUCUGCUGGGCCCCCUCACCUCCAGUUUGGUGGACCUGGGGUCCUAAGUGGGGAGGGACUGGGGCCUGGAGGAGAAGCAGUGACUAGGGACAUUUGUAAAUAGGAUUCAGGAACAUUUUUGCAGCUUGUUUCUGGGGUUCUUUGUGCAUAAAGGAAUGGUGGAUUUUCACAAAUAUCUUUUUAAAACUCAAAACAGUGAUCUCAAGCUUAGUUGCAUUCUUCUCUCAGACUCUUUCUACUUUUGCAUUUCCCCUCCCAGUGCGAAGACCAGGAGAAUUAAAGAAAAAAAAAAAAACCCAAACAAUGACACCCAGCUCCUCAGUCUUGGUUUUGGGUAUCCCUUAUAUCUACUUCAGUAGCUUCUCUUUCUUUUCAAUGAAUGAAAAUUACAAAUCAGCUGAAUUUUAAUUAUUUACUUUUAGUUUAUAUGGAAAAAAGUAUGGGAAGAGGAAAAGGAAAUGAAAGAAAGGGGAGACAGAGAGAAGUCAAAACAGUGAAAUUAAGAGCCUCCUGUUUGGGAGGAGCUGGUUGUAUUCUUAAGGUGAAUAGGAAAAAUAUGAUCUUACAGCUUUUUUGAUGAAGAAAAUUAAGUUUACAUUUUUCAUAUUUAGUGUUAAGCAAUUUUACGUAGAUUAAAAUGAAAGAUCAGUAUUAGGGGGGAAUACAAGUGCCUAAAUGUCUUAAUGCUCUCUAUGUGAGACAGUUAGAAAUAGAAGUGACCAUUAGUAACACAACUAUUUUUGUCAAAUUUAGUGGGGUUUUUUGGUUGUUGUUUGUUUUCUUGGGUUUUUUGAUGGCAACCUUAAAAAAUGUACCAAUGUGAAAAAACACUUUCCUGAAUGCCAUUACUUUUCAUGCUCCUGAAACUUUUCUAUCUGUAGCCUACUCCUGUGAAAGGUUUCUCCUGUUCCUAGUUUCUAGCUUGCAAAGAUAUGUGACAAAUCUGGCAACCUGGUAUUUGUUACUAAAACAGCAUGUGUUUUCAGGUUUCUUUUCUAUUGUACCUAAACCAGUCUAAAUUAAAACUUAGUAGAACA